AUGUCAAACGAAGCAUCUUUUCAUCAUCACGGUCCUAUUGUAGCCUAUUGUCCAGCCGAAGAUUCCAACCAGACCGGUAUAGUCACGUCUAGACGAGGCAAGAAAAAAGACUAUGGCCAGUCUAGCAGCAUUCGGCUUGCAGCGCACCAGGGAUCGGUGGCCCAAUCUGCAUCACUGUUGGCAUCCAAAAACAACGAUGAUGGCGAGAAGCAGACCUGGCAAUGCACUUUUUGUUACCAGCAUAUCGCACGUAAGUCCUGGCGGCGCCAUGAGGAAACACAACAUCGUCCCAAACGGAAGUGGACAUGCUUGCUUUCUGGGCCCAGGAUUACACUUCCCUCGCCGUCUGAUAAUGUCACACUCUGUGCCUUCUGUAUGAUAUCAAGUCCUAGCGAUCUGCACUUUGCACAAUGCCACCGCAUAGCUGAAUGUAUAAUCAAGGGCGAAGACGAAAGAACAUUCUUGCGACCGGAUCACCUACGUCAGCACGUCAGGAACUUCCACAAAGCGAAACUGAAUGAGACCAUCCGCGAUCUUUGGAGACGAGAAGGACCAGGCAACAACGCUGUGGAGAAUUGGGUUUGCGGUUUCUGCGAAAAGGUGCUGAAGACGUGGGAAGAUCGAGAGACACAUAUCGCAGGCCAUUUCAAGGAUGGUCUGACAAUGGCGAACUGGAAGGGAUACAUGCGACAGGAUUUUGAAGUUGAAGCAAGAAAGAAGAGGCCGACCUCGAGUGAAGGGAGACCUAAUAUGCUCUCAAAGAUAGCUCGGACACUUACUGGUCGGCCAGUACACCAACAGCAUCACUGUGAGUCACAUGGCCAGAACACUGACAAUCUCGUUGCCACACCAAUAUCCAUGGACACGGCCGGUCGAAAUCUGUGUUUGUUACCAGAGCUGAUCUUUGACAACUUCAUGCUGGGAGCAGGUGAUGAUUACUUCGACUCCAACAUUUCGGACUUUACUAGUGCGUACGAGCAAGACGCUGUUUCUGCUAGACGUCGCGACUCAGCAUUUCCCGGUGAGGGUGACCCCGGAUUUGGGUUUGAUAAUCUGGCGGAGGAUACCACUAGCGAAGACUUCUCGAAUUUCGACACGUUUGGGCUUUGGUAUCAGUAA